GGGCGACUCACAGUUCCAGAUGGUCCCGAGGGCCGAGCCGGGGCGCCCUAGUGACCGGUCUGCCAUAUGGUCGCCCCGUGCACUGCCCUUGGGGCGACUCGGCUAUGUCGUCUAUUAGAUGCCCCUCUGACACGGGGCAACUGUGGCUUGGAGGCGCAACCUGGUCUCCGGGGCCGGUACGGCACCAGGUGACGUGCCAAUGGCUCAUGCUGGCCUCUGAGGAAGUAAGAACUGUAUCGACUGUGGCGCACGUGCUGCUUGUGAGGCCCAGACGUGUCGCAUCGGCAUUCCCUGGAUGACAAUCCGAGUGUGCCGGCCUUUCGCACAUCAAGUUAUUGACUACGAAUCGAUCGCUCACAUCUAACGACUCGAUACAAGACAUCAUGAAUGGACAAGCCGAGCGCGAGGAGACGGACGAUUAUGUCCUGACGGACGGGAAGUAUCGGUGCAAAUCUUGUCCGCUGGCGACCGGCGCGAGGAGCUGGGCCAGGCAUUGCCGCACGAACGCCCACCGGCUAAAUUCGGAACGCCGGGCGGAGGAGAUUGUAUCAGCCAGGACGCGCGGCGAAGGUCGCAAUGAUCAACGAUCGACCGGUGAUGAUGAAGGCGUGCGCGAUCCGGGUGACAAUGGGGAUGUCCAAGAUCCUGACGAGGACGAUGUCCAAGAUGCAGACGACGAGCAAUUUUGGGACCAUAUUGAAGCGAUCCGCAACCUGCAUUCGGACCCACCGGUGAACGAGGACCCCCGGACGCUAGAUGAGGACCUUGACGAAUUGGAGGCAAUGGACACGGCACCCAAGGUCCCAUCGGUACCGGGCGCUCGCCGUGAUUGGCAGGACGUCUUGGAGAAGGAGCUUCAGGAGAUUGGCGCGGAUGACGACGAUAUCAUGGGGCCCGUGGAGGUUCCCAUCAAGAGGACAGAUGUCAGGUCUAACAGGGUCAACACGAGCCGCUGGUUCCCCUUCAAGGGGAAAAUGGAUCUGGUAGGAUCAAUGCUAAUAGGCCACACACGGUCGAUGAUCUCCAGGUUGCUCUAUGCGAAGAUACACGCCAUAUUGGCUCUUUGCGACAUGCACUUACCAGCUUGGGCAACAGUUCGAGAUUCUAGGGCUAGGAUCAAUCAGCUUCUGGGGUCAAAGGUCUGCACGGCUGAGUCAGUUUUUGAUACUCCGUGCUAUGCCCUCAGUGCCAAGCGGUUGAUUUCAGAGGAGCUGGCCAACCCUCAGGUGGCCAGCAAGCUAGAUUUUUAUCCCGAAUGGACAAAUGGAAAGGACGUCUACAAGUUUUCCCAAUCACACAAAUGGGUCGGGGGGCUCUCUCGCGCGCACCGGACACAGAUGUUUGAUAGAAAUGGGACACACUUUUACAUAUUUGAACCGGCCCAGUUGCAAUCCCUCGACGUAGUAAUCCCAUUUUUUAUAUUCCAUUACAACAGGACUUUACACACAAAGAGUUUUUGCUUGCGCCCUGAACACAUCAGUCAUGAUGGGGAGGUUCUGAAGAUUACUAUACCUGGAGGGCUUGGGUUUGACGACGACCGCUUGAGCUUGGUACCUGUCUCGGAAUUUGUGGGCCUCUACUCAUCUAUUAUUUGGUCCGAAAAUGGUAAACUGCUGAUGGAUGAAUGUGGCGGGAUUAUUACAGAGAGCUUUAUGUAUGGACUUCCGGAUGAAGUGGUUGUGUUUCCAAAUCCUUGGCGGUCAAAAUCAAACAAUCUCAUCAUCCGCCACGUGCCGCUCACUCUCUAUUCCGACGACACUUCCGGGAAUGUAUCGAAGCAAUUCAACAAACACAUAUCUUUCUAUUUCACAUUGUCCGGCCUGGCACCUCGCUUGUCUAAUCAGGAAUACAACUGCCACUUCUUGGCAACAUCUAACCUGGCCAGUGUUUGUGAAAUUUCUGAGCAGAUUGUUGCAGAGCUCAAUGAGAUGGCUUCGGAUGGCUUCCUGGCAUAUGAUCAUACAAUUAGUUCACCAGUCUGGGUCUCAUGUGUAGUAUUGUGUUUCCUGGCAGACUCGCCAAUGCAUGCGGAGAUUACCAACACCCCAAACCCUGGCAACUGUCUGAACCCAUGCAGGAUGUGCAAGUUGACAGUCAGCAAGAAGAAAUUCAAGAGGACUCGGACAUAUGUUCAACAUUUCCUUCACAGGAACAUUUGUGGGGGUCAGUUGGAAGUCCUCCCUCGCCGGUGGGCAACGACUCGCGAGAACACUCACAAGCUUUUUGCCAUCGCGAAGAAUGAAUCUCUGAACAAGUCUACGAAUAAGGCCAUUGAAUUUGGGAUCAAGGACACCAUCAAUGUCAAACUGCUCGCACUAGCAAGAAGUCACCCCGAUGGCCAGGCAAAACUGGAUGACUUGUCCGCGGGGUCUGAUACAAAUUGGAGGAUGUACAACCCAUUCUUGGAACUCUUGGGUUUUGACGGGGUGCAUGAUACACCUGUGGAAAUCUUGCACGUGAUUCUCCUGGGGAUCGUCAAGUACCUUGCUCGCGACCUUGUGGGGAGUGUGCCAGCAACAAACCGGCACGAACUCGAGGGGCGAUUGAGGUCUUUCAGCAUUAGCUCCCUCAAUAUUGAUUCUCUCAAACCCGAGUAUCUCAUCAAGCAUAUCAAGAGUUUGGUUGGUCGGGACUUCAAGAUCUUACUCCAGGCGGGCCCGUUCUUCUUGAUGGGUUUCUUGUCACCAGAGAAGCAGGCAAUCUGGUUGGCACUAUGCAAGCUGGCUCCUCUGGUUUUCCAGUCGCGCAUUGGGGACAUGACACAAUAUCUGGUCGACCUUCAGGCUCACAUAGACAUCUUCCUAUACUUAAUGAUCAAAUCUACGGCCCAAUGGGUGCACAAACCGAAAUUGCAUAUGCUCUUGCACUUACCUGCAUCGAUCGAAAGAUUUGGCCCGGCGACACUGUGCUCGACGGAAAAAUUUGAAUCAUACAAUGGGGUCCUCCGGAAUGCUUCUAUUCACUCGAACCGACGCGCACCAGGCCGCGACAUUGCCAAGACUUUUGAGACUUAUGCAUCUCAUCGGUUCGUACUCUCGGGCGGUGUGAUUCAUGACCAUUCAACAGGUAUCACCAGGAAAAUUGGCCCCAAUGUGACCAAUUUUUUCUCUAACAGCAAGGUUGUCCAGCACUCAUUGGGGUACAAUGCGGCUAAGUCAGACUCCCAGGACAUCCAGGGGUUCCCCCGUACCAGUGGGGUGUGUGCACAUAAGGACGACAUCAAGACAAUCCCGCAUGAGUUGGCCGAUCUGAGCGGGCAGCCGUUGGUCAAGCAGAUUCAUCAGAUUGAGAUCAACAAUCACAACCAAGUUCACCAGGGGGCAUUUGUAGUGGUGCCAGCGUUAGGGGAAGCAGAAUGGCGGAUUGGCCGGGUGGAGAGUCUCUGGCAGGUGAAAACAUCGCAAGCAAAGGCAUUAUAUGCUCACUUAACAGUGUUUUUGGUAAGGGAGGUGGAUGAUUUCUACGAGAUGAGGAUGAUAUUGCGGUCUAAGAGGGUUGUACUUGUCAAUGCAAAGCACAAUUGCCGCAAAGGCGGAUGCCUGGUGACCCGCACAGGACCAACCGAACAGGAACGCCGUCGAACCUCGGUGAAGUCCUGGGUAGUCACCCACUCCGAUCAGGACCAUUAUGUGAUCAACGCGGCGUCUUUCCAUGCCCCAGACCUCCACCGGGCAAUUGCACGGCUCCCUGUGGAUGCAGUCUCCGACGCUGAUUGGGCCGCGGGGAUCCGGCAAGGACUUGCGACCUGGGAUGCUACAACAGGUGCGGGCGCACAGGAAUCUGAUGAAGAGCUGGGGGAGGAUGCGAAUGCGGCGGAUGAGGUGGAGAUUGGGCCCGAUUCAGGGCCCCCGGCUGAACAGGCCCUGGUGGGAACAGUGGACGCUGGUAUCAUGAGUCAUGAUGAUUCUGAUGCAGAAGGCUCAACCGAUUCAAUGGAUCGUGAUGCAGAAGGCUCCACGGAUUCGAUGUAUCAAUCAUCCCAGGAUGAUUCUGAGGAUGAAGAGGGAUAUCAUCCCCACUUGGGUAAUGAUGAUGAUUCUGACGAAGCAUGA